AUGAGAUCCAGCACGUCUGCGUACUUGCCCGUUGGUCUGACUGGUUUGGGCCAAAGACGAGGAUCAUCUAUGAACAUGCUAAACGUCGACCCAACAGGAAGAGCAGAAACCUCGUUGAGUCCUGCAAGCUUCUCAAAUGUGCUUCCAGCCUCUGACGAAAUCGAAGGAUGCAACACAGAGGCCAAUGACCACAGAGACUGA